CAAGGUUAGCUGUAGUCGUUGACAAGAAGAGUUUAGCCCUUUAAAAAUGUCAAGUAUUUACUCUGUUCCAUUAUUAUUUCUUAAUCUAGGUGGCGAAAUGAUGUAUAUAAUAAAUCAGCGUUUACAUGCUCAAAAAAUUGCCAAAGACAAAGCAUCCAAAGUACUAGAUGAUAUAAUUUCACUGAUGCUAAAUGAAAAGUUCUUGAACGAAUUGUUCAAACCUCAGGAAAUAUACAAUAAGGCAGCUCUUCGUAAAUUAUUUGAAGAUCUCGCACACGCAUCAAUCAUGCGGUUGAAUUCGACCAGCAUGGAGAAACUAUACGAUCUGAUGAAAAUGGUAUUCAAGUACCAAAUUUUUAUGGCAAGGCAGCCGAGGGAUAUAAUAUUAAUCACAUUAAACCAUUUGGAUGCCAUAAGAAGUUUUAUUUCAAACCCAAGCUUACUUGCACAAGCUGACAUGGCUUAUGAAAUACUCAUAAAGGUGUACGGAGACAUGGCACUCGGAGAGCUGCAAACAAUACGCUACCACCUGCUUAACUUCCUGCAAGACGUCGGCACACGCGUGUCAGUGUUCCUGCGGCAGGGCAGCCAGAACCAGAACGGCAGCUUCGUCAUCCCGGUCGGUGGCCCCGUACCCCCGGGUUGCGAGGUGCCUGGCUUCAUCCGGCACUAUGGCUCGGACCGCUCCGUCGUCGAGGUGGCCCACUUCCCCGCCGGGGGAGACUACACGGCGGCCCCGGCACCAGGGUCUCUGGACAAGACAGGCUGCAGGGGCACUGAUCUGGGCUGCAACAUCUACGUGUCGCAGAGCGGAAGCGGCUCGCCGGUGUGUGAGCGGGCAGCGCUGAACGCCCCCGUCAAGCCCCGGGCGGAGCGCGAACUGCAAGCGGGCCGUGCCGAGCUGAACCUCCUCCUCUCGCAGCUGCUGGUGGACCGGGGGCGGGCGGCCGACGCCAGCGACAUCAUACACCUCAACCUCUUCAGCUCGCGCCAGGAAGAGGAGGAGUUUUCUCUGCAGCUGCAGGACACUGCCUCUAACAGUUGCAUUAAGUUUGACGCUCAGAACUGUGGUCGUUCGAUAGAGCUGGAGAAGAUUUACGACGAGAUGACGCUGGCCAGCUCAGCCCCAGCAGAUGAAGACGAAUUCUUGGAGUUGUUAGAUAGUUGCUAGUCCCGUCAUGAAGGAAGACUAGAUCACUUAUUAUUCCAUGUGGCUUUUGUUGCACUGUUUUUAUUUAAUCGUAUGCUUUCGAAAAAUCACCUUUCUUCAUGAAUACUUUCAUCCACUUUUUUUAAUAUCAAAACUGACAUUAUCUCAGGAAUAAUGACUGGUCUUGGUGUGUUAGUCAAUGAAACAUGUGAAAUUAUUAGAAACAGAAAUUAAUCACUCCAUGCUAAAAGAUCUUAAGGCCGUGUUAGUUUGUGCUUGGAACUUGAAAAUGUCAGUGUUUUUUUUUCUUUUUCUUUUCUUUCUCAGUUCUGUAGUUUGGAUGUGGACGAAACAUUCUCCAAAAAAUUCAGUCAAACUUAAGAUGGCCUUCUAGACACAACUCUAUACUGGAUUCUGCUAUUAUUAUUCACUACUUUUUGGGUGAAAUUGUUCAUUUACAUCAUCACGGAACAUUUUGGUCCUCUGGGCUGAAUCUGUUACGAACGUAGUGAUAAUAUCGGCGUGUCGCAAUUAGAAGGCAUGCAGACAUUCUCAAAACGUGGGCAUGUUGGUGCGCAGCUAGAAUUAUGAAAGAAGCAUUUUGGAGAUAAUAAACAUUUGCUGUUACACGGUAUAGUAAACUCAGAAUUACGGAAUAUUACUGAAUAAUUACUGGUGCCCUGAAGGAUGAGGCACAUUCAACAUUGCGCUACGUGUGUGUGGUAACAGUGUCUCUCUCUCUCUCUCUCUUUUUUUUUCCAUUCUUUGUCCCCCUUUCCUAGAAGAGUUAUGAGUAGUGACAUGUGAACGGGUUGCAGCUGCAUCUGUCAUUUCAGGAGACGUCUGGGUCGUUGACCUUUUCUUUAUGGUUUUAUAUUUAGGUGGAUUUCAUUUUUAAAAUAGGAGAUUUUGGUGUUAUUGUUUUUACUGUUAUACAAACUCUCAGCUAUCUGUCCCUAAUAAUAACAUAAAAUACAGGUGCACCAUCCUUUAUCCGAAAUUCCAAAAUCCGAACAGCUCUAAAAUCCGAAUUUUUUUUCGAAACUUCAACGUCCGCGAUAUUGUUUGCAGUUGUGUGGCAAACUCAAGUCGCGAUCACGUGACUAGUGCGAGCGAGUGACUUGGCAGCACUGCGUCAGCAAGGCAGCAUGCAAUUUGGCAACGCCAAGGUGCUGUGUUUACCGUUUGUCCGGCAAACUAGCGCCAGUUACAGCUUGCUGCUUGGCUACGAUAGGAGUUGUUUUAUCGCGUUUAGUAGUUAACGGUGUUGUUACGCGAACGUGUUGCCAUAUUUGAAGACGGCAAUGGCAAAAAGGCAUUCCGAUAUGAAGAUGGGUGGUAGCGAAAAAAAACGAAAACACUUAACAUUAUCAAUAACUCAGAAGGUGGAAUUAUUGCGGAAACUGGACUCGAGCAACGUUCAUUUGUAAGUGCUCAAGAAGUAAUGUCUGUGUAUGCGAUUAAAGAAAAAUUGCUUAGCCAGAAGCCUAAACCAAAACAAGUGACACUUCAAGAGGCAUUUAAAAAUGCCAUCAUUCGUGCUGCUCUCAGGAGAAGGAAAAUCCUGCUCCCAGCCGAUCACGAGACGUACUAGUUGCCGGCGACAUCGGCGGCGAUGACGACGCACCAUAAACAUUCUCUAGAUUUUUUUACAGUAUCAGUUGUUAAUAACAAAUUAUUUUGGCUAUUGUUUCAGGUAUUUAUUUAUGCUGCAGUGUUUAUUUAAGUUAUGUACUUUGUUGUUUUUUGUACUAUGUUGCUUGAAAUCCUUAAUACAUCUGACAUAACCUAACUUGGCUUUACUAGGCCUCCUGUAUUAAAAUUCCAAAAUCCGAAAAAUUCCGAAAUUUGGAAUGCUGUUGGUCCCGACCAUUUCGGAUAAAGGAUUGUGCUCCUGUAUAAAAUUUAUGCAUUUUUUUUAAACCAUUCUUUUCUUCUUGGUUGACAUGGCCAUGUUUAAGCCAGAACACAGAGAAUAUUUUUUGAUAGAAUUAUUGAUGCUCCUAAGGCACAUACAGCAGGAAUUUGGCUAUUUUGUGUAAUUUUAGUUUCUUCAAGGGUACUUUUCCCGUGGGAUUUGCAGGUUUUGGUGGAAACGGUGGAUUUGGACAAACAGACUGGGAAAAAAAACUGGAUCAUGAUUCCGCCAAUGAACUGGCUAUGAUAUGAAAAAAAAAUUUUGGUCGCGUGGUUCUGUCGUCGGUGCAGUUUCUUCUGAUACAAUAUUUAGUUUGUAGUACAGGCCACCAAUCAUUAAAAUAACAGUGUUUUUACUUUAUACACCUCAAACUUUCCAGUUGUGCUACUUGUGACUGUCAAUUCAGUGACAUUUUGUGUAGAGUACAGUCAAUCAUGCUUCCUAAGGGUUUGUUUGAUGGUGGCAAAAUCCCUAUCGCAUGGUAAAAAUGUAUCACCUAAAGUAGGAAAGUACUACUCAAUAUCUUUUAAAUUGAUCAGUAUGUUGAGAAUGGGAGCAGCCUUGGCAAGGUGUGAUUUUUAUUCUUCCCUGUACAGUUAUCACCAACAAAUGUAACAAUGUAAUUUCAGAAGGAAUGUCUUGCACGUAGUAAUACAAAAUUGAACAGACCUCAUUACACCCUUUAUUUGCAUCACCCUCAUGAUAAAUAUAUAUUUUUGGUGUAUUUAUUUUUGUUACAGUGAAUGCUAAAUAAACUAUCUGUGCAUUAGCUUUAUAUUAAUCUGGCGUCUUGGUACUUACUUUUUCACGAAAGUGACUCUCACCUGCUAGGUAACAAUCUGUGUGCUCUGUUACUUGUUGUAUGGUUCCUGGGGGACAGAAAGCAUUUGCACUAGGAUUUUUUCUCAGGUUAUAUAUAGCCAGCUUUUGCAACACACUCAUUUGACAGUGAUAAAUGCUGUUACAUACUUGUUCCCUCCCAUCCCCUUCAAAAAAAAUUACAUGGGAUUUGAAAACCUUGUCGUUUUUAUGGACAUAUUAUACUUCAAUCAGUGACUGUAGGUAAAUAUCUUUUUCAUCUUUGGAGGUCAGGUAGAUGUCAACUGGGCUUCACCCUAUAAGCCUGCUAUAACUCAAUUUCCUUUUCCCCCCACCGUCAACCUUUCCUUCCCGGCAUUGCACUGCUGUCUUACGUGUGCGUUUAUUUGAACAGUACGCCACGAACCACCAUAAGAGGGCAGUAACAGCAGUGAGACAUCCCGUUAAUUCUGUAUUAAAACGCAUUGUAAACCUUCUUCCUUUUUGCCCCAGUUAUUUUUAGUAAUCCAUAUAACAUAACCAAAGACGGUGCCGAACACUAAAUAAGCCAGGACAAUGAGUAUUGAAAAUUAGUUUAUUGUUUUUAUUUAAGUAACUAAUUUAACUAAUUUUUUGUAUGAAUUUUUUUUUAUCCUUUCAAACAACCAGUGGCACGAUUGAAAACAAAUAUAACGGUUUCACUUGUUCGGCGUGGAGGUGCUAUGAUACCUCAUCAUCACCAUCCAAGGUCAGACAUGUCUACACUCUGAGGACUUCAUCCUGUUUCAUCGCUGAUAAUUAUGUACUUGUUUUCUCAUCUUAACUAUUGCAAAUCGCUUUCUACAUGUCCUCCAAGCUUGCCUCGGUCGGCGGACUAUUUAAUUAAUUAUUAUUUCCUUUGCGAAGCUUUGAAAUCAACUUACCUCAAUCUCUCAUCUAGCCACGAGGGUGGACUGCAUCUCACUCAUACCGGUACAUGCCAUGGGGCAUAUUUAGCAGUUUAACUUGAUAUGUGUACAAGGGCGUGUAAUAACCGACUGUAGAAACAAAUGUGUGCUUGGAAAACCGCGCUGCUCUCUGACGUGUCAUCCAUCAGUAAGUUUUAGGCGUGUGGGACGCCUGAAGAGCCCACAUCUCCAACUUUCUGUGCAGGUUUACCUAACGCUGACAGCAGGCCAGGUCUUGUGUAAUUUCAGUUUGAUCCUGUAGUUUUAGCUACUAAAAGUUUUCCUUUGUAAUCAACAUGUUCUUGACCUUUUAGUAAUGCCUGUUUUGAAACAUCUCUGUUCCAUGCAUGAGGAUUAAGUUUCCUUUUCUUCCCCACUGUGCUUUAAUUUCCAUUCAUUGAUGCAGUUUCCUCUAUUUUCUUCACAAUCAAUUAGGCAACUACACUGAAUAGUGAGUAUCUCACUGCAUGUUAUGUUGGCACAGAGUUAACAACUUUAACAAUUUUGAAAACUUAAUUAGUGCUUUUUGAAUACAAACCAUUUACUGGACUGAAACCUUUCUCAUAAUCAUACACGAAGGGCUUCAGUUCUAGACUGACUUCUUCAGUUCCAAGCUGUGAAUAUCUUUCCUUAUUUUUUUCCCACAAAUUUUUAGGAUGUUUGUGUAUCAGGCAUUAUUUAAGCUGUGUACAAGAAUUAUUGUCCUAUAGUUGAAUAACUUAUUCAAAAAGUGCUUAAUUAACAGCAAACCAAUGUUAUAAUAGCUGUGAAAUAUGCAUGGAAAACUUUCACAAUCCGUCCAUUUACUUUUUAUAGACUUUGAUUAUAAAGUUUGUAUAUACAUGUUAAUAUUUGUUAUGAAAAAAUGUUAAUGCAUUCUGCUAAAUGCAAAAUUGUUUGAAUAUAAAAUCUAUCUCUGAAGUGUUUAGAUUAAGACACAUCUCUUAAUGGGCUAUUGUUAACUCUUUCACUGCUACAGACGAAUAUAUUCGUACGUAAAUUGUGUCCUGUGUGUGCUAAGGACGAAUAUAUCCGUCCUAUCUAAAUAGCAUUGCCUGUGCGAAGGACGACUAUAUUCGUCUCGCUACUUUCGCUUUCACUGCUACAGACAUAUAAGUACGUCUAUAAACCAACACUAUCUAGUGGCCGUUUCUGUAACUUAAGUAGUGUUUAUCGAUCUUCGUGGCCUGCAUUCGAGGUUUGAGAGUAUAGAUACUGUAACUGUUUUCUUUCCCAACAGAGUGUGUACGUGUCGCAUCGCGUGUGUACGUGUCGCAUCGCGUGUGUAUGCUCGAGAGAACAGUAGUCGAUUGUGUCGUGUUUGUACUUUACAACUCGGACAGUUAUUUUUUUUUUUGUUCACUCAUGUGAAAUUUUGAUUUAGUUCUUUGUAGUAUUUACCCAUGGCACGAAAAAAAUACACAAAUGAGGAACUGCUAGCAAUGCUUGCAGAUAGUGAUGGCGACGAUGUGAGUAGCAUUUCAAGCAGGGAAGAUGGCUGGGAAUCUGAUAAAUCACAACCAGGACCUUCCACGUUGACGUCACGAUCACCAGCGAAGCAAAGAUUCCCUAGUUCACAGUCAGAAAGUGAAACGAGCGAUGAAGAGCAGGAAUACGAACCAACAGUAAAAUAAAAUAAGACCAGAAGAAAUAGCUUGGACACAAGAGUGAAUUUGUGCCUCAUAUUCAUUAUUUUGAA